CACAGAUGACGCAUCGACUGCUGCAAAAGAAGGAUAUAAUUUUCUCGUACGUAUUUGUGUGUUCAAUCAAGAAUUGCGUUUCUAAUUUAUCGAAUUUAAACGUUCAAAAUGAGUUUCCUGACGAAAAUGUUCGGAGGCAAGAAAGAGGAGAAAGGCCCGACAACGCAUGAUGCAAUACAAAAAUUACGUGAAACUGAAGAGUUGUUGAUUAAGAAACAGGAGUUUCUGGAAAAGAAAAUCGAGUUAGAAAUCCAAACAGCUAGGAAACAUGGCACCAAAAAUAAAAGAGCCGCGAUCGCCGCGCUCAAGCGUAAGAAGCGUUAUGAGAAGCAACUCACCCAGAUUGACGGGACGCUCACCCAGAUUGAGGCACAGCGAGAGGCGCUGGAGGGAGCCAAUACUAAUGCCCAGGUGCUCAACACAAUGAAGGAUGCUGCCAAUGCGAUGAAGCUUGCUCACAAGGAUAUCGAUGUGGACAAGGUGCACGACAUUAUGGACGACAUCGCGGAGCAGCACGACAUCUCGCGCGAGAUCACCGACGCGAUCAGCAACAACGUCGCCUUCCCCAACGACAUCGACGAGGACGAACUCGAGAAGGAACUGGAGGAGCUCGAACAGGAGGAUCUCGACAAGGAGAUGCUCGGUAUCAACGUGCCUACAGACACGCUGCCGGAUGUGCCUAGCGCCGAGUUGGUCCACGACAAGCCCAAACCCAGCAGGUCCAAGCAGACAGAGGACGACGAAGAAUUCGCAAAGCUGCAGUCCUGGGCUACAUAGGCUGGUCGUGGUUCGAACACUUGUACGUUGUGAUAUUUUGACGGUAGCGAGUCGAGUGAAGGUUUACUUUUGCGCUGUUAAGCUCAAAUACAAUGUUUUAACCAUGAGUGUAUCAACACACAGAGUUAAGAGAUAGACAGAUACUAUGAUUCUGUGAUUUCAUGGAGUCUAUAACCUCAUAUAGAACAUGUGUAUAUAUGCGCGACUGAGUUUUGGCGCACAUUUACAACUAGAGGACGGAUGCUGAGUGGCUCAAAUUUAAUAAGUGAUUACUUGUACUGUACCAUAUGUGUGUGCGAAAUCGAUUGGUUAUAAAAACACAGUUUUGGUUCACAGGCAUUUCUGUCUAUAUGUCAACGCAGUGAUGUGAUGUAUGAAACUUUAAAAGUGCGUCCAGAUUUAAUGCGCGCUUUGCAUCAAUGGCGCUUAACCCAUUCAUUGUCGAAGACGCGAAUUCGCGUCACGAUACAUGUUAGGCAGCGUUCCCACUUAACGUCUCCUCAGUACAUUUUGUAUUACAUAAUAAACAAAAUACAAAAUGUACUGAGGAGACGUUUUUUGAAUUACAUUCAGGCGGCGUGGCGGGGACGUCCGUUGUGCGCCCCGAGACGUGCGUCUUAUGAGUGUGGAUGGUAGCUUAAAUUGUAAUGCAGAUGCGGACUUCGGUAAUGAAUGGGUUUAGUUGCGCAUUAUAACUCCUCGAGUGCCAGACUGAUUUUUGAGUCGUUGGAAUUUUGAUUUUAUUCUAAUUAAUCAA